AUGUCUGCUAGUCUGCGAGCUAGGAUUCUUCUAUCUGGCUCGUACUCCGUCGCUAGGUACCGAACGCGCACCUUUCUUGCCAUCUCUAACGUCUCCACGCGACUGGCUGAGUUGACCGGGGCAGACAAUGAACAGGCUGCGAGAAUCAGGGAGACGAUAGCCUUAGCAGCCGCGCAGUCAGGAAAUCCUACCUGCGACGUCCUCGACAAAGACCACACCAUCAAAGGCGAAAAUACGCGGCGACAGAAUCUCAUUUCUGGGGCAAUUAUCACCGGGAACUUGUCCCUUACGAUGUCCCUUUUCAAAGAGCUUGGCAAGUCUGUCGGUGUGAAUAAAAAGAGCGAGUAUUUCGGGCGGCCACUGCACUUAGCUGCAGCAUGGGGGCAUAUAGAAAUUGUGCAGUAUCUUCUUGACAACGGCGCAGACGCUCGUCGAAUUGUGGCUUUGACGAAAAAUGAUUUUGAUCAUUGCCGCGACCUACACCAUGUCUAUCUUUGGUCACGUCAUGUAGAUCGAAGCCCUGACGGGAGUCCGUUGCGUGCAGCGGCACUGUCCGGGCACGAAGCUAUCGUGCGACUGCUUUUGAAGCCGGAAUAUAAUAUAUGGCCGAAAUUCCGCCCGGAGUACUACAGAGCCAUCCUAGCUGCUACGCGUAGCGGGCACGAACGGAUACUAGACAUGCUCUUCGAUGUCGCGGGUCUCGAUCUCGACAGCAUAGGCAAAUUCAAGAGCCAAAUACUCAUCGAAGCCGUUCGCCACGACAGGGAAAAUAUCGUGCGCCAUCUUCUUGACUCAGAGACCGAUCUUAAUUUUACACCACGAGACAUCCUGCCGCGACGAUUGCAUGGUGCGGCCCUGCACGCUGCCGCGGCUCAAAACCGCACUGCAAUGAUAAGACUUUUGCUAGAUGCAGGCGCUUCAACAAAAGUAAUGGAGGGAGAUAGCUAUAAGCAGUUCACCCCUAUUGAAACAGCUGCGCGCUACGGUCAUACAGAAGCCGUCUCAAUCUUUAUUGAGUAUGGGGGUAGCCCAAACUUAGCGUUCUUCGCAGCCACGUAUGGAAGUCAAAUCCAUUUAAUGCAUUUCCUAGUCCAGCAAAACCUGGUAAACAUCGAUAAACCGACUCUAGACUGUCGAUGCGACCGCUGGACUCCCGGCCGAGAGGCUAUGACCCAGGCGAUACUGGCGCAUAAUCCGAGAACUAUAAUAUGGCUGCUAGCUAAGGGCGUUCCCAUUGGGAUAGAGACUGGUGAGGCCCAUCAUAAGGUCCGAUAUGUUUGGCUUCCGCAGGUACUUCCCUGGAUCAAAAAUUUUGUGCUCGGUUUGACCGGCGGUAGGCAUCCGGGGUACGAUUAUUGGAAUCGUUCGCACUGCUUUUUGCUCGACGCUCCGUUUGGGAUCUAUCUAAAAGAGGAUACUUGGGAAUGGUUUGGGAAGUAUUGA